CGCGCCCCCUUACCGAUAAAACCCUUGACAGCUAUAGGUGCUAGGUGGUGUUUCUUUGCGCCCGUUGCGGUCCUUGAGAGGCAUCAGGGUCAAAAAAUGACCGAAAAAUCAGAGGGAAUACUCAGCCCUUUCGUCUACUGGGCGCAGACAGACUCUGUGGCCACGUUGAAGGUUGACCUCAAGGGUGUGAAGGACCCACAGCUGCGCAUCAAAGAGGAGACUGUUGAAUUUUCUGCUCAAGGUGUUGGUGCCCAGGGACUUCGACGUUAUGCAUUUGCCCUUCAUCUUAGUGCUGCUGUAGAUCCAGAUAAAUGCUCUCUAAAAGUGACUGACAGGCAAGUCGACUUAACUCUGUGCAAAACAGAAAAAGCUUGGUGGCCGAGACUAACUGCAAAACCUCAAAAACCAGCCUGGCUGAAGAUUGAUUUUGACAAAUGGAAGAGCGAGGAAGAUUUUGAAGAGGAUGAGAAACGAGAUGUCCGCCGAGAUUUUCCUGAAAUAUAUAACCAGCUUCAAAAGGAAGAGUUAGGCUAUAGAAGGGAGAGCGCCAAGAAGAUAUAUCUGGCAAUUUACAACUUGCUCCAAUUCAUUGGUUUUGCUUACGUACUCAUCGUCAUGUACGUCAGAUAUUACAAGAGUGGAGCUGCGUCUAUUGACAGCACUUAUGAGGUUGUCGGUCCAGCCAUGAAGUUUAUCCAGCUCAUGCAGUUUCUUGAAGUGCUGCACCCCAUGUUUGGCUACACCAAAGGCGGAAUGCUCACCCCUUUUUUGCAAGUGACUGGCAGAGCAAUCGUCCUGUUUGUGAUGAUUGAAGCCGAACCUAGGAUGCAGACAAAGCCUGUCGUGUUUUACCUGUUUGUCGUGUGGAGCGUGAUUGAAGUUAUCAGGUACCCAUACUACAUUACUCAACUGUACAACAUGGAGAGCUCUUUCCUGACAUGGAUGCGCUACACAAUUUGGGUCCCACUUUACCCUUUGGGAUUUUUGUGUGAAGGCGUUGUAAUAAUAAGAGACAUUCCUUAUUUUGAAGAGACCAAGAGAUUCAGCAUUUCUUUACCAAACAAGUGGAACUUUUCCUUUUACCUGCCUACUGUCAUGCGUUGCUACCUGCUGUUCCUUUGCCUCCCAAUGCUGUACUUCAUGAUGAGCCACAUGUAUAGAGCCAGAGUCAAGAAACUUGGGCCCAAGAGCUGGAUCAAAAAAUACAACUAAAUGAUUUGAUGGUUUGUUUGCCGUCAAGUUUGGCCAUAUUUUGAUACUCUGGCUGUGAGAGCCGCACUUAAUUAAUCUUAGAGUCAUUUAUACCAAAGCUACAAUUUGUUAUUGAUACAUUUCAAAGAAUGCAGUUAUUGUUUAUUAAAAUUAGAGAAAAUUGAUUUGCUUUUACCGCUUUUGUUAGUAUAAAAUGGGUGUGCUUGGUGUUGAAAAAUUAAUUAGGGUUACCCCUGGAUAGCAUUGCUUUAAACAUGCUUACCUCAGGAGGACUACUGAAUCAAUUAUUCCCGAAUUUCUCCAAAUAAACUUAAAAUCCUGAGUGUGAUUCAAACCCAAACAAAUUGUCUAUUAUUUUU